UCUUAAAAUGACCAGUGUUAAAAGUUUUGUUUGAAAAUUUGCUGGAACCCAGUUUUGCAAAAAGCGCUAAGUUUUUAAGUGAAAUGAAGAAGCGGGGACUAAAACUCAAAACUUUCACACUUAGAAAAAAAUUGCGCCCGACCCCAGAACUGAACACAAACCCUAAGCUCAGUCUCGACCUCCAUUCUCAACCCAGACUCGAGCUCCUCCUAAACUCGAGCUCCAAUCCUCCUCCUCCUCCUCACCAUCACAAUCCUCCCUCCUCCAUUCUUAGGCGGAAUCUGAAGCCCCGAGAUCCCGACCUCGAUCUAAAAUUGAAGUAACAGCUCUGAAUCUUGAGCCCGGCCUCGAUUUGAGAUUGUCAGUGUCGAAGAAAUUAAAGAGGCUCGGAAUCUUGAGCUCCCUCUCCACCUUGCUCUGGUCUUCUCCGCCCUCUGCUCCUCAACCCGCCGAUUCAAUCUCUGAUCAUGAAGACAACGGCUUACCAGAGGCUAGAAUUUGGGGUCGCUGACGGUCUCCGUCAAACCCUUGCCGUCCGAUUUGGUUAAAAAGUUUUUCUUCUAGCUCCUGAAGGACGUCGACGACUGUAACGAUAAUAACAUCCUCACCGAAACCUAGACCUAAGAAUCUGCUGCUUGACCAGAAACAAUAGAGCCUCAAGAUUGGCGAUGGGAUCAGUCAGUCUUUCGCUUUCUUUUGCAAGUUUUUAUGUCAAAGACGGUCACUCUUUGUUACCAGGAGCCGGAGAUUUUGCUUGGGUCCAUAGAUUACUUGACUUGGCGGACAUUUGGGCCCUCAGCUGCAUCUUCGCAAAGGUGAACUACGGCAUGCCCUUGGCGAAUGUUGAUUGGCUACAUGGUGGGGCUGAGUCACUUCUCACUCUAACCAACAUAUUCAUUGUGUUGGGGUUGAGAGAAGCUAUGAGGAAAGCUAAAGCAAAUGAAGGAACUUCAGAUCCUGUUCCAGGGUUGAAAGAGGAGAAGAAAACUUCUGUUAAGGUGCACGAGACCAAGAACUUCUGUUUAAAUUUAUGCUCCAUUCUUGCCUCACAUGACCAAGAAAUUGUAGCAGAACGGGGUUGGCCAACUCUUGCUUCAGCUAUGAGCAACCUCACUCUGGCUUUUACAUUCAUACUUGCCAUCAUCUUCAGCUGCCUGGUCCAGUUUCGAAGCUUCUGAAGAACUAGUGUUGAUCCUGGAGCGUGCUUCUAUUUCGAUUGCAAGAAUUAUAUGGAACAAU